GGAGGCCCGGUUCGGGUUCGCUGCAUGCGCGGGCGGCGACGUUGACGUGCUUCGAGCUGGCGGACCAACGUGGACCGCAGCGCGGCGGCGCCGGCGCCGGCGGCGGUGGCUGGCCGGCGAAGGGCGGGCCGGACGAGCGCGCGGCGGCGGGGAUGGCAAUGGCGGGCGUCGGCCCCGGGGACGUCAUGUCCGAGUACCACCAGGCGCGGGAGCUGUCAACGAUGGUGUCGGCGCUGGCCCACGUCGUGGCGAGCGAGCCGUGGGGCGGCGACGAGGCGCCGGCGCCGAGGGGGGGCGGCGGCGUCCCGGAGCAGCAGGCAAUGCACGGCGGCUACGCGCGCGAGGUGGGGAGCUACCACGGCGUGCCGUCGCCGGAGUUCGCAGGGUCGGAGCAGGGCUCGGACACCCAGAGCGCGGGCGCGGCGGCGGCAAUGGAGGAGCACCACGCGGCGGCGCUGUCCGGCCAGGAGGGGCCCGAGACGCCGCGCCGCCGGUACCGCGGGGUGCGCCAGCGGCCCUGGGGCAAGUGGGCCGCCGAGAUCCGGGACCCGCACAAGGCCGCGCGCGUGUGGCUCGGCACCUUCGAGACCGCCGAGGCCGCGGCGCGCGCCUACGAUGAGGCCGCGCUCCGCUUCCGCGGCAGCCGCGCCAAGCUCAACUUCCCCGAGGACGCGCGCCUCCACCCGGCGUCCACGGCGGCCGGGGCCGCGCCGGCGCCGGCGUCGGCGCCUCUCGCCGGUGCGGCGGCCUCGACCUCUCCCGCCGGCUACCACGCCGGUGCCGCCCAGGGCACCGACUACCUGAGGUACCAGAUGCUUCUGCAAGGGGCCACCGGCAACCAAGGCACGCUCCUCCCGUUCUACGCCGGAGGCGGCGGCGGCAUGAGCAAUAUCUACGGCGGCGGCGGCGGCGGUGGCGCCAUGAGCAAUCCAUACGGCGGCGGCGGCGGCGACAACACGAGUGGGUUCUUGGGCUCCUACUACUCAUUCCCGCCCUCCUCUGUUUCUGUCGCCACCGUGCCAUCCUCUGCUUCCUCUGCUUCGGGAUACUACUACUCGUCACCGUACGACUCGCACCAGAGCGAGUCGUCCGCGGCGGCGUCGGACUGGAACUGGGAGACCUCGAUGCUCCACUGGUCCGACUCGGGGUACCCGCCGCCACCUCAUAGUCAGUAGCCGCAGCUAGUCGAAGACGACCCUCUUCUUUCUCCCACUCCUCUCUCUCUUGAAUAAUCACGUGAGCACGGCUGGAUGGAGACGGGUGUAAAAGGCAAGAGCAAACCAAAUCAAAAGGAAGAAGAUGCUUUCGUUUCUUUCAUGUAAGAUGUCGAGCCAAGGGAUCUUUGUUUCUUGAUUAUUAGUUUUGAUCGACGAUGAGGUAAUCCUACUAAUUGUUUUCCUGUUAUUUUUGUUGCAAAGUUAAGAGAUGGAGCUCUAACCAUGCAUACUUCUCCAUGUCCUUUCCGGGACUUAAUGUGUUGUUAGUUUGUUAGCGAUUGUCA